AUGCAGAGCUCACCUUCUUCCUCCUUCCGUUUCCCUCCUGCUGUCACUUCGCUUCUGGUGCUUCGUGUGACAGAGCCAAUGUUCGUCGCUUCUCGGCGAAGAGGAUUGCUCUGCCUGAGCAGCUCUAAUUCGACGAUCCCUAACCCCUCUCCCUUCCCGAAUCCGCCAUUGCUGCAAUUUAUUGCCCUCCGUUUCCUGUCGGCCCAAGCAAGUGAACAAGAAGACUCCCCUACAGUCUCGGUCCUCGUCGAUUCUCUCGGGUUCCCACCAGAAACCGCCCUAUCAGUUCUCAGGAAGCUCCAGAACAAGGACCCCAGGAAUGCUGGCUCCGUGAUUAGCUUCCUCGAGAGCCGCGAUUUCUCCGCUGCUCAAAUCUCCGGGAUGGUCCGGAGGUGGCCUCGACUCCUUCGGCUGAAGCCCAAGCGAACGCUUUUGCCGAAGCUCGAAGGCGUGCUUAAGUCCGACGUGAAGGCUCUGCAAGUUAUUAUUUGCGGGCAUAGGGGUCAGGGUGGAGCUCAUGAGAUCACUGCAUUACCUAAUCUGAAGUAUCUUGUAGAUAAUGGGGUGUCCGAAUCCAAUGUCGCUUGCAUACUACGGUAUCAGCCUCAAAAGCUCUAUACAAGUUGCGCUAGGUUGAGCGAGGCAAUGUUGGUUUUGAAGGGAAUGGGACUCGAUCCCCAAAAAACCGCUUUUGUUCAUGCUUUAUCAGCGGUGCUCGGGUUGUCUAAACCCAGUUGGGAGAGCAAGUUGAGAGUUUACCGGAAUUGGGGUUGGAGCGAAGAAGAGUUUAUUUCCGCUUUUAGGAAAUGCCCGCACUGUAUGACGGCAUCUGAGGAUAAGAUCAACCGGGUUAUGAACUUCUUUGUGGACAGAUUGGGAUGGAAGCCUUCCCUGAUUGCUGAGCAUUCUACCGUUUUGGGGUAUAGCUUUGAGAAGAGAAUCAUCCUGAGGGCUGCGGUUUUGCAGUUCCUGCUCUCUAAAGGUCUGAUCGACAGACGUUAUAGCUUGGUUCAAAUUUUGACGAUGAAUGAGAAGCUCUUCAUGAAGAGGAUUGCUAAGUACCCAGAGGUUGCCCCGCAUAUCUUGGCAAUCUAUAACGAAGAGCUGAGCAAACCAAGAUGA